AUGGACAAAAGCUGGAUGACUUUGGGUGAUAGACUUUUAUCACCUGCUUAUGCUGAUGGGGUACGCAAUUUCCUUACAAUGGCACAAAACCAUGCCAUGGGAAGUGAUCGCAUUUGGUGUCCAUGCCGUAUAUGCUGUAAUAAUCUCUUCUUGCCUAUACUUGAGGUGGAGUCUCACUUGUUUAUAAAAGGGAUAGAUCCAAAUUACACGCACUGGAUAUUUCAUGGGGAGGAGGAAACACUCCCCACCAUUGACGAUGAUGGCGAUCCAUCGAUUGAAAGUGGAGAUGUGUACAUUGAUGACAUAGAUGCCUUUCCUAAUGCUGAAUUGCCACAAUCAUAUGAGGAGGCAAGGACAUUGGAGCGCGGUUUGGGUUUCACGUACCACAAAAUACAUGCAUGCCCUAAUGAUUGCAUCUUAUUCUGGAAGGAAAAUGUUCAUAUGUCUGAGUGUCCUAUCUGUAAGGCGUCGCGAUGGAAGCCAAAUACACACGGGUCACGAGUGAUCCCUCAAAAAGUGCUUUGUCAUUUUCCCUUGAAGCCAAGAUUGCGGCGUCUCUUUGUGUCAAGCAAGAUAGCGGGUGACAUGAGAUGGCAUAAGGAGCAGCGGGUCAUCGAUGAGAGUAGUAUGAGACAUCCUGUUGACUCUGAGUCUUGGAAGACAUUUGAUCAAGCUCAUAGUUGGUUUGCAAGGGAUGCUCGCAAUGUCAGGCUUGGUUUGGCAAGUGACGGGUUCAAUCCCUUCAACAAUUUGGCAAAACCUUAUAGCAUUUGGCCAGUGAUUCUUGUCCCGUGUAACUUACCGCCAUGGUUAUGCAUGAAGGAUUCAUUCUUUAUGACAUCCCUCAUUAUCCCUGGCCCAAAAUCACCAGGGAAUGACAUUGAUGUUUAUUUGCAACCAUUAAUUGAUGAGUUACUUGAACUUUGGGCACAUGGGGUACCUACAUAUGAUGCAUCCACUAAAGAAAUGUUCAUGUUACAUGCCGCAUUGUUGUGGACAAUUAAUGACUUUCCCGCCUAUGGAAAUCUGUCUGGGUGGUCAACAAAAGGGAAAUUGGCAUGUCCAUCUUGCAAUGCCAGUACAGAUUCCAACUGGUUGAAGAAGAGAAAACGCACAACAGAAGAGUUGAACUGGACAAAGAAAAGCAUAUUCUUCAAACUACCUUAUUGGUCAACAAUGCGGCAUAGACAUAAUCUAGAUGUUAUGCAUAUUGAGAAGAAUAUUUCCGAGAACAUUUUGGGCACUUUAAUGAACAUCCUCGGCAAGACAAAAGAUAACUCUAAUUCACAGCGUGACCUAGAGAUCCUGGGGUUUAGAAAGGAAUUACAUUUGAAACGUGAAGGUGAACGAACUAUUAUGCCACAUGCAUCAUACACAUUACAUGGAGAUGAAAGGAAUAAAUUCUGUGAGUGGCUUGCUGAGGUGAAAUUUCCUGAUGGGUUUGCUUCUAAUAUCACGCACUAUGUAUCUGUAUGUGAUUCCAAGAUCUCUGGGCUCAAAAGCCAUGACCAUCAUGUUUUCUUGCAAACACUACUUCCUAUUGCUGUGGGGGGGUUCUUAAGGAGGGAUAUUGCAUUGGCUUUGACUGAACUUAGUAGUUUCUUCAAAGAGUUGUGCGCCCGAACAGUAGAUGUGAAUCGCCUAUCAAAGCUCCAGCUUGAUAUCGUCACCAUUUUAUGCAAACUGGAGAUGAUUUUCCCUCCAUCUUUUUUCGAUGUAAUGGUCCACCUAGCUGUCCAUUUAUCCCGUGAGGCUAUUCUUGGCGGUCCAGUUCAAUAUCGGUGGAUGUACCCAUUUGAGAGAUAUCUCGGCAAGUUCAAGCGGUAUGUUAAGAACAAAGCACAUCCAGAAGGUUCAAUAGCGGAAGCCUGGGUUCACAUUGAGUGUUUGACAUUUUGCUCAAUGUAUCUUAAAGAUGUUGAGACGAAGUUUAACCGACCGGACCGUAACAUUGAUGGUGUAGAAGAUGAGACUGUAGAUGGGUUCACAAUUUUCAACCAGAAACUUCGUCCCUUGGGUAUAGCUAAUAGUGUGCAAUUACACGAUAAACUCCAUACAGCAGCCAUUUGGGAACACUAUGACAAAUGCAAGAUGUCAAACCCAAAUUCUAUUGAUCGCACGCAACAAACUGAGUUUCCAAAUUGGUUCAAGCAACGUGUGGUGGACCAUCGUAACAACAACCCACUUGAUGUGUCCCCAGAUUUGUAUGCGUUAGCUUGCGGUCCUGACCGUUGGGUCGCAACAUAUGCUGCCUGCAUUAUAAAUGAGUUACACUACAUGGGAGGUCAGAGAGUGUACUUGUUCAGUUGUGAUUGGUUUGAUGUUGGUGAUAAAAGGAGAGGGGUACGGGUAGACGAUCAUUUAACUAGUGUCAAUAUGAAUAGGACUUGGUAUAAGGACGAACCAUAUGUGCUGGCAUGUCAGGCUUCCCAGUGUUUUUACAUUAGGGAUAUAAGGGCGAAAGGUAACUGGUUUGUUGUGCAGAAGUACAAUAAUAGGAAUGCGUAUGACAUUCCACCAGUGCACAGGGUUCUAGAGGGUAAUGAUGGCGAAUCAAGUGACGAUGAUGCGUAUCAAGAGAUUGAGUCAUCAUAUGAUUAUCCACUUUUGCAUUGUGAUGCAUGUCCUGUGUCAACUCCACUCAUUAGGACUGAUAUAGAACCUACCCAUAUUGAUGCACGAGACCACAUGGAGUCGGGUGGUGCGCACAGAAAUUCACCAGAUUUUAUUGAUGAUAGCAUGGUUCCAUCUGGUUCUGGAGAUGCAUAUGGUGAUUGGGAGUAUUCAGAUGAUGAGGACAAGUCAACCGACUCUGAGUCCUCCUUAGAAUAG